GUACGAAGGAGCAAAUUAUUAGAACUGGCCCAUUUCCUCACUUCUCUACUACUCUUUUCAACUGCGAAGGACAUAAACAGUAAAAACCCUAGGUUUAUCUGGAUUUAAUUACCAUUCAAUUGAAUGAAAAUUGGAAUCGGAAUCAAGCCGAGCUGAAUACAAUCCCUGCUAUACGUUGUCUAAGAUGGCGGUUUCGGAGGAGGAAUCAUCGUCGUCGGCGCCGGCGAGUAGCUCCAGGUCACGAUCAGCAGCUAUGAACGGAGGAUGUUAUUUGGCGAAGACGGUGCUAAGAGGAAGCGUUGUUCUCCAAGUCGUCUAUGGCCACAUCCGCUUCCCUUCCUCAAACGACGUUGUUUUCGGCAAGGAGACAUCUAUAGAAUUGGUGAUCAUAGAUGAUGAUGGAGUUGUACAAUCUAUAUGUGAGCAGCCAGUGUUUGGCACUAUAAAAGACCUUGCCAUUCUGCCUUGGAAUGACCGAUUUCAUUCUCGAAGCUCACAGAUUCAUGGCAAGGACAUUCUGGUUGUUAUUUCUGAUUCAGGAAAGCUAUCAUUUCUUGCAUUUUGCAAUGAAAUGCACAGGUUUUUCCCAUUAACACAUGUUCAACUCUCUUCUCUUGGGAAUUCAAGGAAUCAAAUUGGAAGGAUGCUAGCCAUUGAUUCUAAUGGCUGUUUCAUUGCCGCUAGCGCAUAUGAAAACAAAUUAGCUCUUUUCUCUGUCUCGACUUCUUGUGGCAAUGAUAUUAUUGAUAAGAAAAUCUGUUGUCCUCCUGACAAUCACGAGGACAUUAAAACUGUAAAUGGUGUUACUGAAAUCUGUGGUACCAUAUGGAGCAUGUGCUUUAUCUCAAAAGAUCUCCGCCAGCCAAGUAAGGAGCACAACCCUGUAUUAGCAAUUCUUCUGAAUAGGGAGAGAACAUAUAGGAAUGAGCUCAUGUUGUUAGAAUGGAAACCUAAAGAAAAUUUGCUUCAUGUGAUAUAUCAGUAUGUAGAAGCUGGACCAUUUGCACAUCAUAUAGUUGAAGUUCCGCAUUCUUAUGGACUAGUUAUACUGUUCAAGGCUGGAGAUGCCGUCUUAAUGGAUUGCAAGGAUGCUCAUAAUCCUUAUUUCCUAUAUAGAAUUAGUUUAAAUUUUACUCCUUCAGUGGAAGAGCAGAAUUUUGUGGAACCUACAAUUAGGAUUCCUGAUAUCAUUGAUGAAGAAGGAAUGUAUAAUGUUGCUGCCUCUGCCUUAUUGGAGCUCAGUGACAUAAACAAAAGUGAUCCAAUGAAUAUUGAUGAUGAUAGCAGCACCAAACCAGGUACUAAUUAUGUCUGCUCAUGGAGUUGGGACUCUGCAAAUAAAAACAACCCAAGGAUGAUUUUUAGUGCUGAUUCAGGCCAACUUUUUAUGGUUGAGAUUUUUUCUGAUUCCGAUGGCAUCAAAAUGAGCUUAUCUGAUUGCCUUUACAAAGGGCUACCAGCAAAGGAGCUAUUGUGGGUGGAAAGUGAUUUUAUAGCAGCUAUUGUUGAGAUGGGUGAUGGGAUGGUUUUAAAAUUGGAUGAUGGCAGGCUAGUUUACAGAAGUCCAAUCCAGAACAUUGCACCAAUAUUGGAUAUGUCAGUUGUGGACUACUACAAUGAGAAACAUGAUCAAAUGUUUGCUUGCUGCGGGAUGGCACCUGAAGGGUCGUUACGAAUUAUUCGAAGUGGUAUCAGUGUGGAGAAGUUGUUGAAAACUGCUCCCAUUUAUCAAGGGAUAACUGGCACUUGGACUGUCAAAAUGAAAGUCACUGAUAGAUAUCAUUCAUUCCUUGUUCUCUCAUUUGUUGAAGAAACCAGAGUGCUUUCAGUUGGGGUAAGCUUUUCUGAUGUAACUGAUUCUGUGGGUUUCGAGCCUGAUGUCAGCACCUUGGCAUGUGGUCUCAUGGCUGAUGGUUUACUGGUGCAAAUACACAAAGAUGCUGUUAGACUUUGCGUGCCUAUUGCAUCUGCUCAUCCUGAAGGUGUUCCCCUAUCUUCUCCUGUUGGUGGAACAUCAUGGUCGCCUAAUGAUACAAGAAUUAUUUUGGGUGCAGUUGGGCAUAAUGUGAUAGUUGUGGCCACUUCUAGUCCAUCCUUUUUGUAUGUACUUGGUCUGAAAUCAUUAUCAGCUUAUCAAUAUGAAUUGUACCAGUUGCAACAUGUAAGAUUGCAGGAUGAGUUGUCCUGCAUUUCCAUCCCUCAGAAACAGCUUGAGCAAAAACCAUUAGUUUCACCAAUGAGCAGCACAAAUGAUGCCCCUUUGGCUGCUUUUCCGGCAGAGCUUGACCUUAGUAGUACCUUUAUUAUUGGUACACACAAACCUUCGGUAGAAGUACUGUCCUUUUCGCUGGAUAAGGGCCUUCAAGUUAUUGCUAUAGGAUCCAUAUCAUUAACGAACACUCUAGGAACUACCAUCACUGGCUGUGUUCCUCAGGAUGUAAAGCUUGUACUUGUUGAUCGACCCUAUAUUCUUUCAGGAUUGAGGAAUGGUAUGCUACUCAGGUUUGAGUGGCCUUCUACCUCUAAUAUUUCUGUGCUACAGUCAUCUAAUCUGCAGCAUUUCACCAGUUCUAAUUUGGAAAAUUCUACUACACCAUUCACAUCUGUAAAUUACAAGGCCAUGCCUACUUCCUCAUCCACUUUAUUUGAUAAGAUGAGGGACAGUUUUCCUAUUCAUCUUCAACUAAUUGCUGUUCGUCGCAUAGGCAUCACCCCAGCUUUUUUGGUUCCACUGAGUGACUCUCUUGAUGCUGAUGUAAUUGCACUGAGUGAUAGGCCUUGGCUAUUACAAACUGCAAGACAUAGCCUUUCCUAUACAUCCAUCUCCUUUCAGCCUUCCACAAAUGCCACUCCUGUUUGUUCCACUGAAUGUCCCAAGGGAAUUCUAUUUGUUGCUGACAACAGUCUUAAUUUGGUGGAGAUGGUGUCUAGUAAACGGCUUAAUGUGCAGAAGUUUAACCUUGAUGGCACUCCACGCAAGGUCUUAUAUCAUAGUGAAAGCAAGUUAUUGGUUGUCUUGAGGACUGACCUCAGUGAUGAUUCAUCCUCUGAUGUUUGCUGUAUAGAUCCUUUAAGCGGAUCAGUGGUAUCCUCAUUUAAACUGGAUCCUGGGGAGACUGGUAAAUGCAUGGUGUUGGUGAAAUAUGGGAAUGAUCAAGUUAUGGUAGUUGGAACUAGCCGCACAUCAGGACCUGUAAUAAUGCCUAGUGGUGAAGCUGAAAGUACUAAGGGUCGUUUGUUAGUCCUCUGCCUUGAACAUAUUCAAAAUUCAGAUAGUGGUUCAAUAGCAUUUUUUUCGAGAGCUGGAUCAUCUUCUCAACGAACUUCACCCUUCUGUGAAAGUGGGGGAUAUGCAACUGAACAGCUGUCUGGUAGUAGCCUUUGUAGCAGCCCUGAUGACAACAGCUGUGAUGGGAUUAGACUUGAAGAAAGUGAGCCAUGGCAGUUACGUUUAACAUAUUCAAACAUUUGGCCAGGAGCUGUUCUUGCUAUCUGCCCUUUCCUUGAUCGUAAUUUCGUGGCUUCAGCUGGUAAUUCUUUUUAUGUAUGUAGCUUCACCAAUGAUCAUUCUCGUCAAAGGGUGAGACGACUAGUGGGAGGGAAAACACGAUUCAUGAUCAUGACUUUAACUGCACACUUAAAUAGAAUUGCUGUUGGUGAUUGUAGGGAUGGUAUCAUAUUCUACUCAUAUCGGGAGGAUUCAAGAAAACUGGAACAGCUUUACUGUGAUCCUGUCCAGCGGUUAGUUGCUGAUUGUAUUCUUAUGGAUGCUGAUACAGCUGCAGUUUCUGAUCGAAAGGGGAGUGUUGCCAUCUUGUCCUGUUUAAAUCAUUCAGAAGAGAAUUCCAGUCCUGAAAGCAACUUAGCUGUAGUUUCAUCAUUUUACAUGGGUGAAAUUGCGAUGCGGAUCCGAAAAGUAAGUUUUUUUAGGACCUAUUGGAAAUGAUGUUGCCAUGAGAUCAGCUGUCAUCUGCUGCCACAUCAUAGUUAGGGUCUUUUCACUUGUAGACCGACCCCCUUCUUUAAUAACUCUGAUGGUCAAACUCUUUAUCCUAAUAUUAAGCCACCCUUGGUCACUUAAGUUUUUAAAAAUAGCCAGUCUUGGACCCCUACCCUUUAACCGUGAAAAAAAAUGCACAGUUCUUUAGUAGAUGUAAACUCUUUGGGAUUUGGCUAAGUUCAUUAGUUGCCACUUCAAUUCAGCAUCCUUAUGAAUGGAGGUGGUGCAAAGGACCCAAAUCCAGACUUGAACCCAAAAGUUGUCAAGUUCAACAUUCCUGAGGAGGAUGGUAUGCAUCUGCCGCUUCCUCUGCUUGCUGUUUGACACCAUCGAUGUCAGAACUAGGCAUCCGGUAUGAGCUGUAAAAUUUCAGAUUUCAGAGCUUAAUCAAGAUCUCAUCUCUAUAAACAUUCAAGAUCUUUGUCAAGAACAAAGUUUCAGAGCAGUUUAUGAAGAAUAACCUGAUUAAAUGACUUGGAAGAUUAAAUUGCUAAUUCAUCAUUGGCCUAUAGUCUACAAAUCAUUGGAAAACAACAGGGGGUUAUUAAUUGCCCUUCUUUUCUCUGCUGAGAACAGGGGAAGGAGGAUUUUUUCUACAAAUUUUUACCUGUUGCAGCAUCUGUCUGUUGAACUCCUCUGUUUAGCAAAUCAAAUGGUUUUUGUUAUUUUGAAUCCAGCUAUUGGCUUAUGUUGUCAGCUUGCCUCACCUGUUGUGGUCAAGCACUUGAAUUUCCGUAAUCAUGUACACAGUAAACAGUAGGGAAUAAUGCUGGCAAUUUUUAAAGACCUAAGGAACCAAAAGUGUUUAAAAGUUAUCAUGAGGAGUUUGACCAUCAGCAUGGUGAACAAAGGGAAACCAAAAGCUUAAAACUCCUAAGAGUUAUUAGUAUAGAUGAUAGGAACACCAUUUAUGGACAAAAAAGGGUAGUAACUGCAGUUAACUGCUGACUUAUAUUAUAAAAAUUUUAGAAACUAAAUGACUUGAAUGUUUAUAGAGAUGAGAACUUCUACUCUCUAUAUAUGAUUCAGCUUACUGAAGCGAUUUGGACUAAAAUAAUGUGUUUGUGGAAAAGAAAUUUGCUGCUCUCCUUAACUGGAGGUGUUCUUUAUUUGUGGCCACUUUCUGACAACCUGUGACAGUGUGAGCUAAUGAUUAAGACAGACUAAUGAUAUGCCAGAUUUUGUUACGGAAAUACAAUGCUGUGUUUUCUGUGGCCUCAAAGUACCUUAAUAAAUGUGGAGCUUAAAUGCGGGCUACUCUUUAUUUGUCAGGCUUUAUCUCAUGGAAGUCAGCUGAUUUUACUAAAAUUUCCAAUGAUUGGACUUAGAAUUUUCUUGUUAAAUGACAGCAGAAUUUUAUAAUAUUGUUUUUCUUUUAAAAUAUUUUUAUCAUGACUAGUUGGUCAUGCUCUUCACAAAUAUGACUCAAGGAACUACUAA